AAAAAAAAUCUGAGAAAGAGAGGGUCUGGGCUGACCAGCUCUAAGGAAAAGAAACGGAUCUCUUGCGGUGACUCGAGCCCUGUGUCGGGUCAGCCCGGUGGUCCCGCGCACCUAGCACCAUGGAGAUGUGGCCUCGUCUCGGGGCCACCUGUUUGCUGGGCUUCAGUUUCCUGCUCCUGAUCACCUCUUCUGACGGACACAUUGGGCUUGGAAAGGGUUUUGGGGAUCAUAUUCACUGGAGAACACUAGAAGAUGGGAAGAGAGAAGCAGCAGCCAGUGGAUUGCCUAUUAUGGUGAUUAUCCAUAAGUCUUGGUGUGGAGCUUGCAAAGCUUUAAAGCCCAAAUUUGCAGAAUCUACAGAAAUUUCUGAACUUUCCCAUAAUUUUGUUAUGGUAAAUCUUGAGGAUGAAGAAGAACCCAAGGAUGAAGAUUUCAGCCCUGAUGGGGGUUAUAUUCCACGAAUUCUUUUCUUGGAUCCUAGUGGCAAGGUGCAUCCUGAAAUCAUCAAUGAGAAUGGAAACCCCAGCUACAAGUAUUUCUACAUCAAUGCUGAGCAAGUUGUUCAGGGGAUGAAGGAAGCUCAGGAAAGACUGACAGGUGAUGCCUUCAGAGAAAAACAUCUUGAAGAUGAAUUGUAACACAGAUAUAUCCCUUCCUUCAUCAAAAAUAGUGUUCUGGAAGGAAAGCAGCAGAGGAGGGAAUAUUGAAGAAUUGCCCAGAACAAUUAAACUGACCAGGAAAUCUUUUUUCUUCCUACACUGGAAGGAGCUCUCUCACUGUGGAAGAGAUCUGUUAAAAGAAGCUGGUCUGAUUGUUUGUGGAUCCAGCAGUGUGGCAGACUUGCUUCUUUUGCUCCCUGUCACCUAAAUGUCCAUCUGUCUUUGAAUGUAAAGAAUGAAACCUGACACAGAACUUGAGCCACUUGGAGGUUAAUACCUCACUUACACUUCAGUAUUUGAGUCUUUUCCCAUUUCCUCCUGCUUUACUCACCUUAGCGGUGAAAGAGACUAGUAGCAUCUUUUCUACAAUGUUAAAAUGGCCGGAAUAGCAAUUUUUAAGAAAACAGUAAAUCCUAAAUGUAAAUCAGUAAUUCUAUCCACUGUCAAGGAGACCAGCCUGUUUUUUUAUCUUUUUCUCCUGGGAAUAAUCUUGGGCUUCUUCCUGAAUCCCUGCAUCCUCCUUCCUCUUUUCCUGCUCAGGCUGUUAGCGUGCAUGCGUGUGCAGGAAUGACUAUGUGCUUGGACCGAGCCCCAGAUGGAAGCAUGCUUUCCCUUGUUACUGUUGGAGAAACUCAAACCUUCAAGCCCUAGGUGGAGCCAUUUUUGUCAAAUCAUCAAUGAUAUUUUUGUACUGGGGUUAAUCCCCCCCAAAAGAUAAAAUAUUAAUUGUUCAUUAAACUUUAAUAAAACUUU